UGAGGGGGCGAGCCGGGCCGUGCACCGCGGUAAAGGCAGGACACCAAGCAGCACAGAUCACAGGAAAUGGUCCAUGCCCUGUGGUCACUGAUUCUAAAGGCCCCAACCUUCAAAGCUCCAGGAGCGAAGUGGAUGACUCCACGCACAGGGAGCAGUCACGCCCUUCUGCUGGCCUCUGGAAAAGAGAAAAAAUGAAACCCAAGGAGUGUGUUCCCACCGUCCCGCCCAAGGAAAGCCCCUCCGUGCGGGCCUCCAAGGAUGGACAGCUGCUGGCCGCCACCUCCCUGCUGGCGCUGCUGUCCUGCGGCCUCGCCGUGGUGGCUUUCUACCAACUGGCCACCCUGCGAGCCGACCUGGCCAGCCUGCGGGCGGAACUGCAGGGCCACCAAGCCGCACAGCUGCCAGCCCCUCCCGAGCAAGCUGCGGGGGCGCCCACGGCUGUCACCCCGGGACGGAAAGAGAUCUUCACACCACCGGCUCCAGCACACAGCAGCCCCGGUCGCAGCAACAGGAGCAAGCGCGCCCCGCAGGGCCCCGAAGAAACAGUCACUCAAGACUGCUUGCAACUGAUUGCAGAUGGUGACACACCCACUAUACGGAAAGGAGCUUACACAUUUGUUCCUUGGCUUCUCAGCUUUAAGAGAGGAAGUGCCCUAGAAGAAAGAGAGAAUAAAAUAUUGGUCAAGGAAACUGGCUACUUUUUUAUAUAUGGGCAGGUUUUAUACACCGAUAACACCUUUGCCAUGGGACAUCUAAUACAGAGGAAAAAAGUCCAUGUCUUUGGGGAUGAAUUGAGUCUGGUGACUUUAUUCCGAUGUAUUCAAAAUAUGCCUGAAACUCUACCCAAUAAUUCCUGUUACUCAGCUGGCAUUGCGAAGCUGGAAGAAGGAGAUGAACUUCAACUUGCAAUACCACGGGAGAACGCACAGAUAUCCCGGGAUGGAGACGGCACAUUUUUUGGUGCAUUGAAACUGCUGUGACCUACUUAACACCGUGUCUGUAGUUAAUUUCCUCCCUCUCUCUGUACCUCUAAGCAGAAAGCACUUAAGUGGAAAUACCAAAA